AUGUGGGUGUGCGUCUCUGAUGUCUUUUAUGUAAAACUGUUGGUUAGGAAAAUCACUGAAUCUGCAUGUAAUAGGAGCCUAGCAAACAUUGAGAUGGAAACAUUGCAAAAAAAGGUUCGAAAGCGUUACCUCCUUGUGCUUGAUGACACAUGGAAUGAAAAUCGUGAAAAAUUGUUCAACUUGAAAAAUUUGUUGACUGACGGAGCAGCUGAGGGAAGUAGAAUAGUUGUUACAACUCGAAGUAAAAAGGUUACAGGGGGCGCAAUUCAGCCACAUGAACUAGGAGUUUUAGACGAAAACAAGUCUUGGUCUUUGUUUGAAAAAAUGGCUUUUGAGGGAGGAAAAGAGCCAACUAAUAAUUGUUUCGUGGAAAUUGGGAUGAAGAUUGUAAAGAAGUGCGGAGGAAUUCCUCUUGCAUUGAAGACAAUUGGAAGCCUGUUGUACUGCAAAAAUCCAGAGACAGAGUCUUUCUUCCAAGAAGCAGAAACAGAUGAGAUGGGAAACAUAAGAAAGUGCAAAAUGCAUGAUCACAUGCAUGAUCUUGCAAAACUUCAAGGUCUGCCAAGUGACAUUGGGAAACUAGUCAAUCUCAAACAUCUUGAGAUUGAUGGGUGUGAAAGUUUGGCUUAUCUGCCAUGUGGACUGCGUCAGCUGACUAAUCUUCAGAAAUUAACUGAUUUUCCAUUGACUAGAGGAAAAGCAACUGGGGGAGAAUCAUCAUCAGUAACUUCCAGCUCCUCUCCUCGUGCCAAGUUGAAGGCUCUGCAUAGUGCUGGCAUUGAGGAAUUAGAAUCUCAAUCAAAUUUGGAUAGCUUCAGUUCUCUCAAGUGUAAGAAGGUUGAGAAAUGUCCUAAUUUGAAGCUACUGUCCCCUGGCAUUCAACAUCUUGCCUUGUUGAUUACCAGCUGUCCUAAAGUAGAGUAUGUGUUCAAUGAAGAUGCGGCUAUCUGUACUACCCUGCAAAAACUCCAAAUUCUUCAGUGUGAUAGUUUGAUUGCUAUUACAGAGUGGAUUUGCAAUCUCAGAUAUCUUAAAGAACUUGAGAUUCAGGGAUGCCCCAAUUUGACAUCAGUGCCUUAA